CUCCUCGCUGUUGACUUCUCUGUCUCCUUUCACUUUCACAUGACAGGCUGCAUAUGUUUGUGUUGUUUCUUCAUACAGUCAUUGUGCUUCGUCUCUCCUCUGGCCCCUUUUAAUAUUUAAAACUAUAGUGCAUCCCCAUCCAUUAUUUCUCCCUGUUGUUUUUCCUUCACUUCUGUAUCCCUUCUGACCAUUCUCUCUGUGAGGUUCUGCCCUUCCUGAUUUCCAUAUUAUUUGCCUUAGAGGGCAGAAAGUUUUUUGCAUAUUCAUCCUAUUACUUGUGUCUGAAGUUUUACACUUGUUUUUUCACAUAAUGCAUACACAUUUUUUCGACUUAUUUAUUCAUUUAUUUGUUCCUUGCACAAAGGGCAGGUUUAUACGUUUUUCUUCCUCCUGCACUUUUUCGUUCUUGGUAAAGGCAAAAAUGAAAACAAAGUAUUCCUCUACAUUGUACUGCUUAAAAAUAAUGAAAUAAAACAAAUGAAAUGAAAUAUGUACACACAAUUUAAGAUAUAUAUUUUCAAAUGUUCUCUAAUAUUGGCUUUUUCCAUUGAGAGUGACCUUAUCUUUACCUCUUAGGAUUAAAACAGAGAUCUAAUUGAAUUAAAAAAGACACUCUGUUGUAGACAUGUUAAUAAUAGAUAGCGAUAAAUAAAUGGUCAGGAUUAAAAAUGCAGAGAUCAGACUUUUCUCUUCUCAAAUGAUUACAAUCAGAGCUGCAGUUAUUGAUUUCCAGUCAUUCAAAAUAAAAGCAAUUACCAGAUACUCUAUGGGGAUAAUUUAUAUUUUGGUCUUUUUUUUUUUAAAGUAAAAACGCAAACAACUUUUCUUAAUACUAAACUUAAAAAAAUAAAUAAAACACACUACAGGAACGGCUGUGGUUCCGUGGUAGAGUUGGUUUUCUCUCAACCGAAAGGUCAGUGGUUCGAUCCCCAGCUCCUGCAGUUACAUGUCCGAUGUGUCCUUGGGCAAGACACCAUAACCCCAAGUGGCUCCUAGUGCUUCCUCGGCAGUCGAAGGAAUGCUUAGAUACUGAUGGUCACAUUACAUAGAAACCUCUGUCAUCAGUGUGUGAAUGUGUAGGUGUGACUUGCGUUAAAAGCACUCUCUGUAGUCGGAAGACUAGAAAAGCGAUAUACAAGCUCAAGUCCAUUUACCACUCACGAAGAAGUUCUCCGUUCUAGACUCUAUUUUUGGACACAAUUAGAAGAUGUAAUUUGGAGCUUGGGCAGAAAUAAGAUGAGCUUUUUUCGAAAUAUGUUUCAUUUUAUUAGACUAAACAAUUAAUUUAUUUAUAGAGGAAAAAUAAUAAAACAUCAUUCGAUAACUACAAUACAUUUUAGUAACAGUGAAACCACAUUUCAAGUGACUAACGAUGCUUCUUAAUUCAAUAUUAGUACAAAAUUCAAAACUUCUGUGUGGAACAUGGUGUUUAAUACAUCAAAUGUGGCUGGCCUGUUAUGCGUUAAGCCCAGUUGCAAAAACUUUUAAAAUUGUAUGAUGAGAUACACUAAAAACUCUAUUUAUUUUGCAUCAAUAGACUAAAAGGUUAAGCUUCACUGCCGUGCACUACACAGCCUCUUGAAGCACUUUCCUUUUUUUUUCUUUUGCUAUUUUCUUUUACACCAGCAGAUGGCAGCAAACACCCAUGAAACUAACCAAACUUUAGAAGCUGCGACCAAGUGUGUGUCUGCAUGUUCAUGUGUGUAUCUGUGAGGGUGUUUGCUCUCCACCUUGUUUGUCAGGCUGAUGAAGGAUGAAGCCAUGCCAGGGUGAAGAGGGAUGCCUGCUGGCAGAUGAGGCUGCAGCAGAGAAAGAGAUUGGCCAUGGGAGGCCAUCGAGGACAGAAAGAGAGAAAAGAGAAUAAUCUCACAGAAAGUGAAGGCAGUGGUUCAGAAAACACAGGGACAUCCACUGAGGACAGCUCCGAGGAGGAAGAGGAGGACAAAGAGGGGGACGAGGACUCUGAAUCCUUUGCUGGAAAGGAUGAAGGAGAGAAAGACGAUGAGGAGGCCGAUGCGGAGGAGUCUAUGAGAGAGUCCGUUUUGAGACCUGGAGCCGAGGCUUCUCAUGGGAAAGAUGAGAGGCCUAAAUACUGCUGUGAAAAAUGCAAAGCCAUCCAGCAGAGCCACAGCCAUGAGCUUGUUACGCCCAGGAAGAUCAGUAAGGGACGAUUACAGGUUCAGCUGGAAGGAGAGGGCACGUACGAGUGUUCGGUCACAGGUUUGGUGUUUGAAGCGUCAGAGCAGGUCCUCCUACGGUACUCGGUCUUGUCCUGGUCCAAAUUUGGCGCGUUCCUGCGGGACUCCUGGAAAUUCGCAGGACCCAUCUUCAACGUGGACACGGUCGGUAAAGAUGCUUCGGUCCUCAGGUCCAUCCAGUUCCCUCACUCCGUCUGCCUCGCGGAUCCAGAAAAUGAGAUGACAUUCAGUGUCCUGCACAUAAAAGACAACCGUCCGCUCAUUGAGCCCAUAGUGGACCACUCAGGUAGUCAUGUGAAGUGGAAUGUGUCGUCCCUGUCGCCCGUGGGUCCCAUAAUUCAGACAACCCAGUCUGUGGAGCACCACGGGGUGGUCCUGGUCUACAAGCAGCUGGGCAGUGGCAACAACAACUACAGCUUCCAUGUCUAUCUGGCCACCAACAGCGCAUCUGACAUCAAGGAUAUACGCAAGCAGGUGCAGGGCUACAAGAACCGUUACAUCCGGAUAGAGAAGCCCCCCACGUGUAAACUGGACGAGGGGACGUAUCGUCUGCUGAGCGAGCCGGAGGGAGAGAUCAAACCCGAGGAUUUGAAAUUCACCCUUGCUGUGACUAAGAUGAAAGGCUACUUUGAAGCUUUCUUUGAGCAGCCUCCUCCCUUUAAGUUGUCUCUCGUAGAGAUCGACACUGAUGAGACUGUUUGGUCAGCCACCAUCAGAGAAGGUGACUGUGUGGGUGACACAGAAAAAAAGCCAAGGAAAAGGACAAACAGCAGGCAUGGGAGCAGCAGCCCGUCAGAAGGAGAAGAAACAGGCUGUAAAAGACCUCGAUGGCGGGACGAAACAGAUGGGAUGAAAACAGGGAUCACUCAGGGUCAAGAAAUGUCGGAGAAGCAGCUACUGCAGGUGGCCAAGCGGCUCGGGAAGGAGUGGAAGCAGGUGGCCAUCUAUCUGGACUUGAACUACAAGGAGCUGGACGACAUCCAGGCAGUAGAGAAAGAUGUGACCAUGCAGAAGCUGAAGAUGCUUUUGGAGUGGAAGAAGAAGAGGCGACCGGGAGAGGCAACGGCAUAUCACCUGUCGAAGAGUGUGGAGGAUCUGGAGGACCUUCCCAAUGAGGUCCAUCAGACGCUGCAAGGCAUGAUGGACAAUCAAGCAGCUAAGUGAAAAAGGACUUCCAUUGACUGAUGGAUUUCUGUGUCUUGAAAAGAAAAAUCUCAGGAGUACAACAAAGCAAAGAAAGGUUGACAGAGCAAACAUCAGCUUGAUUCCCAGUUUAUUUCUCUUUUCUGGACUUGAAACUGAGUGAUGGUUUAUUUUAAAGCUGCAUUUCAUCAGAAGAGCCAGAGUCUUAACACCUGAUGAGCAUUUCCAGACUUCAGUUCAAGCGUAGUCUCUUCCUGUGAUGCUUACAGGAACAGACUGAACAUACAGCUUCCUUUGUUUAGCCUGGAUUUCAUUCUUUGCAUUUCAGGUUUAGAAAAAUGACCAGUACAGGUAGAGGUCAUUGAGAUAUUUAGUAGCUAAUUAUGUAGCCAGUAACAGAUGUACUGUACUGUAGGUGCUGCAGUGUUGAAACUGCAAUAGAAAUGGGGGGAAAAAAAACCUGUGUAUGUUAUUUCAGUUGUAAAUGUUACGUUUGUGGGACUUUUUAUAACAGAAUAAGGCAUUACACCACUUUCAAAUACGUUUGACUUCCCGAAGUCAACAGACUGAAAUACUAAGGACUUUUGAGUCUCAUGCAUUUUUAUAUUUGUGCACUCUGUCUUGUAUAUAUUUGUUUCUGUUUUCAAACUUGUGAUCUAUUUUUUUUUACAUCAAAUUUUUUAUUUUUACUUUUUCUAACGUGUAAAACUUAACUAAUGUAUAGAAUAAUCUUCAAAUUUGACUUGAAUUAUGAAUCCAUUCCUGCCCUACUGCAACUGGAAUGCAGUUGUCUUGUUUACAUCUAAAUGAUAAUUGUGUACAUUACACAAGUAUGCACUAUGCUAAAGAAAAACAAAAACUAUCACAAGCGAUUCGGGGAUGAAUUUAAAGCCUGUGUUAAGUGCAGCUAACAGCUUACAGGCGACAUUAAUUGACUUUAAUGAGACAUCUUUUGCAGAAGAUCAUAGCUGCAGAGCUUAAAACUCUUUCUAUCUGUACAAACAAACUGUAGCGUAAGAUGCCUGUGGAAAUAGUUCACUUAGACGUUCUCACCAAUCUUUGUUGUUACUGUUUGGGAGAAGCUGGAGAAAAGUCGCAUUGAAUGUUGAGUCUGUUCUGUUCUUCCGUACCAACAAUGUUUACAUCAGAGAACAUCAACAUGUUACCACCAACAAUCACGCCUGUUUUUUUCGCACUUGUUUCAAACAUGUCAGAGCCCAUAAGAGGAAUUGUGAAUAAGCAUAAAGAGAAAAAUGUUGACUGAAUAUAACAUAAUAAUGUCUCCCUGUUUUACUUCAGUAUACCUGCAAUGUUAUCUGUAAUUAAAGCUCCUGUAGGGACUUUGUAACUGGUUAUGAAACAGGCUAAAUAUAUAUUAUUGAUGCCUCAUUAUGUCCUAUAAAAGCAAAGAAGACCAUCAGCUUGAAGAUAAA